GCGGCGGCGGCGGCCCGGGAUCGGGAUCGGGAUCGGCCCCGGGAUCGGGAUCGGCCCCGGGAUGGCGAUGGCGGGGCCGGGGCUGGAGCGGUACCGGCUGGCGCUGCUGGCGGCGCGGGAGGACGUGGGGAACCCCCGGGCUGGGACCGACUGGGCCGUCUUCGGCUAUGAGAAGCACCACGACCUCAAGCUGCUGGAUUCCGGAGCCGGGGGGCCGGAUGAGCUCGCUGGAAAGUUCUCUGCGGGCAGCGUCAUGUACGGGCUGUGCCGGGUCCGCGAUCCCGGCUCGGGCAGCCCCAGGAUCGUCCUGAUCAGCUGGGUGGGGGAAAAGGUGCCGGAACCGCAGCGGGCGGCGUGUGCCGGGCACCUGCCGGCCAUCCGGAGCUUCUUCAGGGAGGCCACGGCCGUGAUCAGCGCCCGCCGCGCCGAGGAGGUGACGCUGGAGGGGCUGCGCCGGGUGCUGGCCCAGCUGCAGCCCCCCGCCCCGCGCCCCCCCAGGAGGACCCCCCAGGACACCCCCGAGCUGGUGGGAACCAACUACCGCAAAACCAACCCGGCGCUGGAGCUGCAGCGCACCCAGCGCGAUUCCUUCUGGGAGCAGGCUGAGCGCGAGGAGCAGCAGCGGAAGGAGCAGGAGCGGCAGCGGGAGCGGGAGCAGCGGCGGCGCUGGGAGCGGGAGCGCAUGGAGGAGGAGCGGCUGCAGGCGGCGGAGCGGGAGCGGCGGCUGCAGGAGCGGGAGCGGCUCAUCGAGGAGCGGCGGCAGGAGCAGGCGCGGCUGGACGCGGAGGAGCGCAGGAAGGAGCAGGAGCGAUGGGAGCAGCAGCAGCGGGAGCAGGAGGCGGCCGAGCGGGAGCGCGGGGCUCGCACCGGGCUCAGCGGGACGGCGGCCGAAGCCGCCAUCCUGGUCUCCCAGCGCGCCCAGAACCCCCGGGAAUUCUUCCGGCAGCGGGAGCGCUCGGGCUCCACGUCCGCGUCCCCCGUGCCCGGCGGCGCCCCCGGUGCCCGCCGGCCCUUCCUGCGGUACCAGCGCAGCCUGACGGAGUCCGCCUUCAUCUUCCGCCGGCCGGAGCCGCUCCAGAGCCCCCCGCCCGGCGCCCCCAGGGGGGCACCGCCCCCCAGCCCCCGCCGGCCGCCGCCGCCGCUGCCCCCCGGCCCCGCGGGGACAGCGACCCCCCGGAGUGCCACCAGCGGGACCCCCGCCAGCCCCACGGGGAGGGACACCCCUCCCUCUGCCUCGCUGGGGACGCCCCCCAGCCCAGCCCGAGCGGGGUCCCCCCAUGCCACCAGCCGUGCGGAGACAGGGACAUCCCAGAGUGCCACCAGCGGCACCCCCGUCAGCCCUGCGGGGACAGGGACCCCAGAAUGUGGCACCCUGGGGACCCCCCCCAGCCCAGCCCGAGCGGGGUCCCCCCUUGCCACCGGCCCUGCGGGGACAGGGACCCCCCAAAGUGCCACCCCCGGGACUCUCCACACCCCCCUGGGGACAGGGACCCCUCCCUCUGCCCCCCCCGGGAGCCCCCCCAGCCCCGUGGUGACGGCCACCCCCCAAAGUGCCACCACUGCCGCCCCCUCCGGCCCCACGGGAACGGGGUCCCCUCCCUCCGCCACCCUGGGGACCCCCAGUUUUGCCACCACCAGCUCAGGGUCCCCCCCUGCCAUGUCUGGGCCCCCUGGCAGCCCCCCCCGCGAUGGGGGGGGUCCCCGCCCGGACUCCCCCCCCUUCCCCAGCCCCCCAGCCUGGGAAUCUCUGGGGCCGCUGCUCCAGGAUGUCCCCAGCCCGCGGGGGGGGUCCCCAACACCCCCGGCCGGGCCCCCCCUGCACAGCCCCGGCCCCCCCCGCCCGGAGCGGGACCCCCAGGAUUUGGGGCGCAAUGGAAUCGGGGGGCACGAGUGGGGAGGGGGCUGGGAGACCCCCUGGGAGCCGGGACCCCCCUCGGGACAGGGGGAGGAGCCCAGCGAGAGCCUCGUCCUGCACAAAGCCACGCCAGGCUUCGCGCUGCUGCUGGCCCGGGACGCCCCCCACCCACCGCUUUUGGGGGGCCCCAGCCCCCCCACCGAGGACGAGGACCUCUCCCCCCACGCUGUGUAGAGGGGGGGGGCCCAGCACCUCCUUUUUGGGGGGAGGGUCCCCCCUAUGGCACCACAGCACCUCCCCCUCACCCCCCAGCACAGCCUCGGCACCCCAAAAGAGCAGCUUGGGGAGGGGGCAGCGCCCCAAGACCCCCCCCCCGCUGGUGGCAGCACAGGGAGGGCACGGACCCCCCCCCCCACUCGGGCACAGGGACCCCCCCACCCCCCCAA